AUGGCAGCUCCCCGUUCUACAUCGCUGCGUGCUCUGCGCCUCCUUUCCCAACAAAAUUCCUCAGCUCCAGCUUCUACUCUGGCCUCAAUGGCCCCGUUCCGCCGCUUUCUGCACAUUACCGGAGCCUAUUCCGCUCAACCAGCCUCUGGACCUGAUGUCACGUCAAUCUACCGUGCAAGAAGCGUUGCAGACCUGAGAGCUGAGUGCGAGAGGAGGAAUCUCCGGGCCGGGGGGAGUAAGGCUGAGCUUGUGGAUCGCCUUGCAAAUCAUGAUUUCCUCCAAACAAGGGCAUUCAGCAUCGCGAUGAAGCGGAUCGAUGGCCCUGCGUUUGGACGAAGCUCUGAACGACAAUUCAACACAUCCCGUGGCAGCAAGGCUGUCAACGAUUCAUCUCCUGUUGACUUUGUCUUCAUGCCCAGAAACCUCGAAGCCGAAACGGCCGCCACCUCUGGUUUUCCUCGUAUGCCGGUUCCUCCAGAUGCGUAUGCCCACUUCGAAGCAGCGGGCGCCAGCGGCACCUUGCCCAUGAAGCCUCAGAUCUAUAGCAUUGGUGGCGCUUCAUCAGACGGCAGUGAACCAAGCCCAAUGGCUGAGGUGGUGGACAACUAUGCACUCGAGAUCAACCCGUACAAUCUCACAGAGACCGUUAAUAGGUCAAGGCUAGCCGCAUCCUCACUGGAUGCGGCUAAGAGUCAAGAAAGCGCAAUAGGAGUAAAGGGGAUGAUAAAAGGGUUAUGGAAUGCGAUGUUGGACGAUGCCCUUGGCCCCAAACAAAAUUCGAAUACCCAGUCAAGAUGA